AUGGCUCCGGCUGUGCUCCGGGGGUAUAAAGCUCACCAAAUUACCGUGAAAACAGAGGAAGGCAGGGGCUCGGUUUGGUCGGUUCUCGGCUCGGGUUGCUGCCAGAACGGUGCUGUUGAUGGCUCUUGGUUCUCGGCCUCGUCUCAGCCCCUAGUAUUUCUCGACUUCAGUCUUGGACUGCCGCUCUCACGGGGUGCUCAGAUGUGCUGGGGAAAUUCUCGGUUCGCCGGACGUGAGCCGCGACCGAAGGGCCUGCUCUCAGCCGCAAUAGAGGCCUGCUAUCGGCACCCAGUUGUACUCCUCUUGCCACGAAGGGUCGGCUCUCGACAAUCGCGCCUAGUUUCGCCUUACAUUCGGAAGUCUGCUCCCGUCAGCCGCGCCGCUGCUCGUUCCUCGGUCGCCGGCGCUCGGUUCGCUGGCCGGAGGUCUGACCUCGAAGAGAUCGAGGCUUGGUCGGACUGGAGGUUAGAGGCCGAAGUUGCGGCCCGACGUCGGAGGUUGAGGCUCGCCGUUCGUCUCCUCGACGGGAAGUGGCGCUGCUCGGCCGAGGAAGAUGGAUGGAAAAAUUGA